AUGAAAUUUCAUCGCCGAUUAGGAAUCGGAAUCACUUGUUUCAAGAAUCCGAAACCGAAUUCGAAGGCGGAGAUUGAGGUUGAUGGUGAGCCUCUUGAGGUUCCUCCGCACCUUGUUGUUAUGGUUAAUGGCAUCGUUGGAAGUUCUGCUGAUUGGAGGUUUGCGGCGGAGCGGUUUCUCGAGAAGCUUCCGGAUAAAGUUAUCGUCCACCGCAGUGAAUGCAAUUCUUCAAAAUUGACGUUUGAUGGUGUUGAUACAAUGGGUGAGAGACUAGCUGAAGAGGUACUAUCUGUUGUUAGUCGCUGGCCAGGGUUGCAGAAGAUCUCCUUUGUUGCACAUUCUUUGGGAGGCUUAGUGGCAAGAUAUGCUAUUGCAAGACUUUUUGAAUACUCUUCAACAUUAGAAGCUGAAGUUACUGGAAGAAUUUGCAACUGCAAAGCGGAGACAGAAUGCACAAAGAAUUGCAUUGAACAGAACUAUGAAGCCCGGAUUGCUGGUUUAGAACCAAUGAACUUUAUAACCUUUGCAACUCCUCAUCUUGGUUCAAGAGGACAUAGACAGCUUCCAUUUCUUUGUGGCCUUUCUUUCCUUGAAAGAAGAGCAUCUCAAACUGCACACUUAGUUGUAGGGAGAACUGGAAAGCAUCUCUUUCUUAUGGACAACGAUGAUGGAAAGCCUCCUCUUCUCCUCCGAAUGAUUGAGGAUUCUGAUGACUUAAAAUUUAUGUCAGCUUUACGUGCAUUCAAGCGCCGAGUAGCAUAUGCAAAUACAAACUUUGAUCAUAUGGUUGGAUGGCGCACCUCAUCAAUUCGGCGUCAGCAUGAACUUCCAACAUUUGAUCUUCAAUUAAUUGAUGAGAAAUACCCGCACAUUGUACACGCCAAAGUUGGGACUGUUGAUGACGUUUCCACCAAAGUUUCUACUAAUGUUGGAGACCAAACAAUUGACACAGAAGAGGAGAUGAUAAGGGGUCUAACUCAGGUUCCUUGGGAGCGUGUGGAUGUUAGCUUUCGGAAGAGUAAACAACGGUAUGUUGCUCACAGUACAAUCCAGGUGAAAAUCUAUUGGUUGCAUUCAGAUGGUUCCGAUGUGAUCUUCCACAUGAUAGAUAACUUCCUUAUCUAG